AUGUCUUCCAAUAUUAGGGCAAAGAAGAAGCAAUUGCCUUCCUCGUCUCCGAUUAAGUCACUUCCAGAAGACAUCGUGGUUGACAUCUUGGCGCGUGUAUCGGCAUGUGACUAUCCAAGAGCCUCCCUCGUUUCAAAGUACUUCCGGUCACUCGUUUCGUCGCGUGAGAUAUACGCAAGACGAUCUUCGCUUGGCUGCACUGAACACUUUUUCUAUGUUGUCCACUAUGACACAGACAACAGGCAUGACUGUUUGUACACUCUCCGCGGGAAAGAAAAACCCAAGGGCUUGGUCCGUAUCUCCGGGCUUCCUGAUAUGCCUCGUGAUGGAAGCUAUGUAGCCGUUGGUUCGAGGAUAUAUGUGUUUAGUGGGAUGAUGACAUCGAGUGCUUUCUUCAUCGAUUGUACAUCCCACACUGUGCAACAUCUCCCGAAGAUGCCUGUCCCCCUGUGUGGUAUCGUCGCUGACGUAAUUGGCAGGAGAAUCUACGUCUUUGGAUAUCACGGUACGGAUCAAGUCAUAUGCGCGGUGUUCGAUACGGAAACACAAAUGUGGGAGGAUGGAAUGAAAAAUGCGAUGGAUAUAUUUUUACCUUGCUUGGUCGUGAUGGCUGAUAAGAUGUACAUGAUGGGUAUUGGGGAUAGCUUUGUGUACGACCCAAAGGAAAGCAAAUGGGAAACGGACGAGGUGCUGAGUUCCAAGUAUUGGGUUCAGAAGGUUUGUGUUGUUGAUGAUGUUUUGUACUUUUACGAUUAUGAUGACAAGGAAGUGAGAGCGUAUGAUCCAGAGCACAAGUGUUGGGGAGUGGUGAAAGGUUUGGAUGAUUUUUUGGUUGAGAUGAGACGUGCUGGUGGUUGUUGGCCAGUGCCUAUGAGUUACGCUGGCAAACUAGUUUUGUUUUUUCAUAAACCAAAAAUCAUUGGGGAGAUUUUGCUGGAAAGACGCAGAGGGGGUCAGAUUUGGGGUAAAGUUGGUCGGUGGUAUGAUCAUGGUCUGACUACUGAUAAUUUUUACAUUACGAAAUCUCUAGCUGUUGUGCUUUGA